AAAUCCACGCGAUAUAAGACAAAAACUUGGGAGAUAAUUUUCUCGUGCGAAUUUACUGACAAUAAUGAAAGAGAAAUCUUCUUCUGUAAAUAACUGUGUAUAAGUUCUGGAAAAUGCCAAAAUCACAGAAUAAAAGCAGGUGAAACCCAAAAAAAAGGAAGAAGAAGCAUUAUUAAAUAGCAGGAGGAAUGUUCAAUCAUGGCCGACGACAAAUUCAGGAGUUGACUAGCAAAUUCAUCACUAUCUAUUAUCAUCUCUAUUGUUCAUAAUUCUCAUUUCAACUUCAUUCCGCGCAAUUUAGGCACUAGAGAGGCAUUAGGUUGAUGAAUAAUAUGCUAUGCUUGGAUGAUUUGAGGAUUGGUGUGGACUGUGGAGGCAUGCUGUACUGAAUUCCUAUACAAGGAUAGACAAUAUACUUUGAAGGGAUGCCUCUAUUCAUACAAAAAGCAGGAUUUUGUUUAGGUCUGUCAUUGCAGUUUUACAGCUGGCCGACUGCAGAUUGAAAUGCGCAAAGUUCAAACAUAAGGAGUCAUCUGAAGCCUUUCUAGUCAACUUGUUUGUAAAUCCAUGAACUUUUAAAGCAAUUUACCUGUUCAUAUUCAAUGAGGUCUUUCUGUGUUUUUGUAAACAAAAUUUUAAACCUGGAAGAGGCUAGACAAAAGACUUCAGAUUGUGACUUAUCUGAUUCCUGCUUGCUCAAGUUUUCAUCAACAGAUAUAAUUGACCAUGAUGUGGUCUUGCCUCGUUUACGUUUCAUUGAGGUUCCUCAUGUUAAACAAUUAUCCAAUUGGGAUUGUGGUCUUGCCUGUGUUUUGAUGGUUUUACAAACAAUUGGCAUCAACAACUGCAGCUUGCAUGCACUGGAAGAUCUCUGCGACACAAGGAGCAUCUGGACUGUUGAUCUGGCAUAUUUGUUGCAAAGUUUUUCUGUCGUCUUUUCCUACUUCACUGUGACUUUAGGAGCAAACCCAAACUUCUCUGUGGAGUCAUUUUAUAAGGAUCAGUUACCACAUGAUCUGGACCGAGUAGAUAUGUUGUUUCAAAAAUCAAUUGAAGCUGGUAUCAGGAUAGAGUGCAGAUCAUUUAGUCAAGAAGAAGUUUCUCUUUCAAUCUUGUCAGGAAGAUAUAUAGCAAUUGUGUUGGUUGAUCAAUGCAAAUUAAGUCAGUUAUGGCUGGAGGACAUCCAUGUCUCUGAUUUUUGUGGAAGCAAUCUGGGUUAUACAGGUCAUUAUGUUGUAAUUUGUGGAUAUGAUACUGACAAAGAUGAGUUCGAAAUCAGGGAUCCUGCCAGUGCAAGGAAAUACCAGAAAAUCUCUUCCAAGCAUCUAGAUGAGGCUCGCAAAUCUUUUGGUACAGAUGAGGAUCUUCUAUUGAUUUCACUUGAUCAGAGAUAUAAAAACGAUGAAUUUCCGCUAAUCCCAGCAGAUCAUGUUAAUGAAGAUUGAAGAUCCAUGACUAUUUGUAGACUUGUGUAUAACGUACAGCGAAUUGUGUAUAAGAUCUGUGAAUUGUAGUAUGAUCCCCAACUCAAUUAUCAAAACCCAUAAACGAGGUUUGAAUACUUAGCUUAGAUCGCCAUAUGUAAAUAAUCACCUGUAGAGUGGUUAUAAUUAUUCUUUUGUUGAUCUCUUUAAGUACCUUCAUUUUAUCUUUGAUAAAUGAAUCCAGGAUAAAGCGAUUGAAUUGUUAA